GUUGCAGCUUCGCCAUUGUCUUGGGGGAGCUUAUCCACAACAAGUUACCUUUCGAAGGCAUGUCAAAUCUCCAAGCCGCUUACGCUGCUGCAUUCAAGAACGUGAGGCCGAGCGCAGACGAUUUACCGGAGGAUUUAGCAAUGAUUGUAACAUCAUGCUGGAAAGAAGAUCCAAACGAUCGACCAAACUUCACAGAGAUCAUUCAAGUGCUCUUACGUUACCUCUCCACAAUCUCAGCACCUGAGCUUGUUCCUCCGUCAAUCAAACGCGUCUUCUCUUCAGAAAACGCCGUGUUGCCACCGGAAUCGCCUGGAACAUGCUCAUUGAUGGCUGUUAGAGACGGAGGAGAUCAGAAUCCGACGGAUGUAAACUCGCCGGAGAAAGAAGUUAGAGGAAGCUUCUUCUGCUGCUGCUAAUUUUAGAUUGGCUUAUUGGUUUAUAAGGGGAAAAUGAGAGAAAUUGGUUUGGAAAAAAAUGUAAUGAAUGGUAAUGUUCAUUAACUUGUUCGUUC